GAGGAGGAAUGUGGAAGGCGGCGGCGCGCAGGCUGACAGGCGGUUUCUCAGGCGGGCUGCGGUGGCGGCCGGAGCGCCUCUCCUUCGCCAAGGUUGCGCGACCCAUCUCCGUCGUGCCCCGGGCCCGCGCGGGAUUGUGCGCCCUCCCCCCUCGUCCCUGAAGGGAAGGAACCGAGGCGGCGGCAGUAGCGGCGGCGGCGCCCGGGAGUCCUAGCCUUCGCAGCGUCCCGGUCCCUCCCCCGCCGCACCCCGCCUGGGCAGAGAAGGGAACGCGAGAGCCCGAGCCGCGGGCGGGCGGCGAAGAUGGCAGAGGCGCCGGCCUCACCGGCCCCGCUUUCUCCGCUCGAAGUGGAGCUAGACCCGGAGUUCGAGCCCCAGAGCCGGCCGCGCUCCUGUACGUGGCCCCUGCAGAGGCCGGAGCUCCAGGGAAGCCCGGCCAAACCCUCAGGGGAGGCGGCCGCUGACUCCAUGAUCCUCGAGGAGGAGGACGAUGAAGAAGACGAGGACGGCGGUGGUAGGGCCGGCUCGGCCAUGGCGAUCGGCAGCGGCGUGAGCAGCACGCUGGGCGCUGGGAUGCUCCUUGAGGACUCGGCCCGGCUGCUGGUUCCCGGAGGGCAGGACCCGGGGUCCGGGCCAGUCCCCGCGGUGGGCGCGCUGAGCGGGGGGACGCAGACUCCCCUGCAGCCUCAGCAGCCACUGCCACUGCCGCAGCCGGGGGCGGCUGGGGGCUCCGGGCAGCCAAGGAAAUGCUCGUCGCGGCGGAACGCCUGGGGGAACCAGUCCUAUGCCGAUCUGAUCACUCGCGCUAUCGAGAGCUCACCGGACAAACGGCUUACUCUGUCCCAGAUCUACGAGUGGAUGGUGCGCUGCGUGCCCUACUUCAAGGAUAAGGGCGACAGCAACAGCUCUGCGGGCUGGAAGAACUCCAUCCGGCACAACCUGUCGCUACACAGCCGGUUCAUGCGGGUCCAGAAUGAAGGGACCGGUAAAAGCUCUUGGUGGAUCAUCAACCCUGACGGAGGGAAGAGCGGGAAGGCACCCAGGCGGCGGGCUGUCUCCAUGGACAACAGCAACAAGUAUACCAAGAGCCGUAGCCGCGCAGCCAAGAAGAAGGCAGCCCUGCAGACAGCUCCUGAGUCAGCGGACGACAGUCCCUCCCAGCUCUCCAAGUGGCCUGGCAGCCCCACGUCACGCAGCAGUGAUGAGCUGGAUGCAUGGACGGACUUUCGCUCACGCACCAAUUCCAAUGCCAGCACAGUCAGCGGCCGCCUGUCACCCAUCCUGGCAAGCACAGAGCUGGAUGAUGUCCAGGAUGAUGAUGCACCGCUCUCCCCCAUGCUCUACAGCAGCUCAGCCAGCCUCUCGCCCUCUGUAAGCAAGCCGUGCACCGUGGAACUGCCGCGGCUGACCGACAUGGCGGGCACCAUGAAUCUGAAUGAUGGUCUGGCUGACAACCUCAUGGAUGACCUGCUGGAUAACAUCCCGCUCCCAUCGUCCCAGCCAUCCCCCACCGGAGGACUCAUGCAGCGGAGCUCUAGCUUCCCAUACACCACCAAGGGCUCCAGCCUGGGCUCUCCAACCAGCUCCUUUAACAGCACGGUGUUUGGACCCUCAUCUCUGAAUUCCCUGCGCCAGUCUCCCAUGCAGACCAUCCAAGAGAACAAGCCAGCUACCUUCUCUUCCAUGUCACACUAUGGCACCCAGACACUCCAGGACCUGCUGAAUUCAGACUCACUCAGCCACAGCGAUGUCAUGAUGACCCAGUCGGACCCCUUGAUGUCUCAGGCCAGCACUGCUGUGUCUGCCCAGAACUCCCGCCGGAAUGUGAUGCUUCGCAAUGACCCAAUGAUGUCCUUUGCCGCCCAGCCUAACCAGGGGAGUUUGGUCAGUCAGAACUUGCUCCACCACCAGCACCAAACCCAGGGCGCUCUCAGUGGCAGCCGUGCCUUGUCAAAUUCUGUCAGCAACAUGGGCUUGAGCGAUUCCAGCAGCCUUGGGUCAGCCAAACACCAGCAGCAGUCUCUCGUCAGCCAGUCUAUGCAAACCCUCUCGGACUCUCUCUCAGGCUCCUCUUUGUACUCAACGAGUGCAAACCUUUCCGUCAUGGGCCAUGAGAAGUUCCCCAGCGACUUGGACCUGGACAUGUUCAAUGGGAGCUUGGAAUGUGACAUGGAGUCCAUUAUUCGCACUGACCUCAUGGAUGCUGAUGGGUUGGAUUUUAACUUUGAUUCCCUCAUCUCCACACAGAAUGUUGUUGGUUUGAACGUGGGGAACUUCACUGGUGCUAAGCAGGCCUCAUCUCAGAGCUGGGUGCCAGGCUGAAGGAUCACUGAGGAAAGGGGAAGUGGGCAAAGCAGACCCUCAAACUGACACAAGACCUACAGAGAAAACCCUUUGCCAAAUCUGCUCUCAGCAAGUGGACAGUGAUACCGUUUACAGCUUAACACCUUUGUGAAUCCCACGCCAUUUUCCUAACCCAGCAGAGACUGUUAAUGGCCCCUUACCCGGGUGAAGCGCUUACCCUUGGAACAGAACUCUAUAUAUAAAGUAUGCAAAUCUUCCCUGUAUGGGGUGACGCGCCACCUGCCAGCAAAGGACAGCACCCUGCCAGCACCACCCACCCUCGGUCGGAGCACGCCGUGAGCCCCCGUUGGCGAUCCUGUGGUGUUUCAAUAUGGAGAUGGUUUAUGGAAUGUUUUAAGUGUUUUGUUUGUUUUCCGUUGACUUUCCGAGUUUUUCACAUGCAUUAACUUGCGGUCAUUUUCUGUUAAAGUGUUAACCGUUCUUCCCUAGGCAAAUUUGAAACAGAAGGAAAAUGUACCAAUUACCAUUUUGGCUUUGGGCAUCACAAGCAUUUGAGCCCGUGGAACUCCAUAAACUAACAAAUUACAUAAACCAGAGGGGGAUUUUCUUUCUUCUUUUGUUUGGUAGAAAACUAUCCUUUUCUAAAAGCUGAACAAUGGCACAAGGUGUGCUGUGUGCACCAGUCCAGGAUUGAACCCUGCAGAGGCUGAACGAACGGCACACGGGCACCAACCCAGUGUUUUCAGUUCUGUGUCAGGGUGGUGGGGGGACCAAACCCCAGCACCUGGUCUGCAGGUGCUGAAUCAGUAGGGUUUAUGGACCCCUGUCAGUAUCUUCAGCUAAUGCAGUGAACAGUGAUGCUCUGUUGGUUAGAAAUUUGGAUCUUUUCAAGAAACAAGUCAGCUCAGCUGUCCACUAAUUGCCAAAUGCCACUACAAGAUUUAGUUUUAAGGAAACAAGAAAA